CACAGUGGCCCUCCUGGUUUUGGGACAACCCAAAAGACAUUUUUCACCGGUAACACGGAUCUUACCAGACCGAUCUCCACACGAGAACCCCUUGAACCACCAAAUUCUACUCCAGUCACAAGCCAAAGCAGUUCCCCAGUUUUUGGAACAACCCUAAGGACCGAUCCUGAUCUCACAUCUCAAUCUCUUUCUGCUACGAGAAACUCAAGCUCCUCCUCAGCAGCUCCCACCACGGGAACCUCCUCGACCACUCGGACCCUGGCACCUUGCCCCACCGCAAAAUCUCCUCCCAUCUCGGAGAACCAGUCAUGCUACCGCCAUGGCGUGGUCAAGCCCUGCCUGGUAGCCAUCGCCUGCCUAGCUGCCCUAGCCACCAUUUUCAUGGUCUCCACCAUUGUCCUCUGCGCCAAACUCUCCACCAAGAAGUACAAGUUGAGGAAGACCCAGGACCUGACGGAGAUGACGUUUAUGUCAACACUCAUGCCCGAGAGGAACUACGCAGGCAUAAGACGGCACAGUCCGGUCUCCAACGGAGUCCUGGUGAUCCACAGCGCCGGGGACAGUGACGAGGACAUCAGUGACAACCUCACCCUAAGCAGCUUCCUUCCGGAAAGUGACAGGUGUGUUUAGGACGGUCUACUUUUUUUUUUUUUCUGGAUGGUGACUGCAGGACUGAUGCUAACAUGAGAGGUGUUUCCAUGAUUAGAUCAAAUAAUUUCCCGUCAUAUUUGUAUUACUUAGUGUUAACUUUUCAGGUAGCACGG